AUGACCGUUUAUGUGGAGAUCUGGAUCCAGGCGAUUACGUCAAUUGAUGAGCUUACCAACGACUUCGAAAUGGACAUCUAUAUCACAGAAAAGUGGCUUGAUCCAGCGCUGAAUUUCGAACGCCUAUCACCAUGUAAAGGGAAUCUCUCCCUGAAUCAUCAAGUUCUCGAUCGUUUAUGGACUCCAAACAGCUGUUUUGUAAAUAGUAAAGUUGCUCAAAUACACGAUUCACCCUUCAGGUAA